AUGGCGUCCGCGGAGCCUAGUGGGCCUGCGGCGUGGGCGUCCCUCCCAGGACCCUGGCCCAGCGGGACCGGAGCGGCAGGGCCGCCCUCCGGGCGAAGCGGCAUUGGAGUCCCCGGGCUGGGGCAGCGGACCCCGGCGGCUGUAGAGAAGCGGGGGCCGUACAUGGUGGCGCGCGCGCCUUCCAUCCAGGCCAAGCUGCAGAAGCACCGGGACCUGGCCAAGGCAGUUCUGCGGAGAAAAGGCAUGCUGGGGGCCGCGCCCAAGCGCCCCGACUCUUCAGGGAAAAGUUGUAGUUCCGGCUUUUUCAGCACUGGAAUCCACACUGGAGGAAAGCCCUGUGAGUGUAAGGACUAUGGCAAAACUUUUAUCUUCAACUCUACUUCUGUUCAGCACCAGAGCGACCCUACAUGUGUAAAGAAUGUGGCAAGGAGUUGA